GAGCCGGGCAGAGGCUCCGCUGCCGCGGCUGCCAGCCCUGGGGCCGCGCCGACCCCGCCGCGCUCCUUCCCGCCGCCGGAGAGAAGCCCCUCCACAAAGGAGCGAGGCAGCGGGAGGCGGGGGACACACGCACGCCCGGCCGCUCCGUCCGGAUGCGGUGAGCCCCAGGCUCGCCUCCGGGGCCGCGCCAGUGCGGGAGGGAAGAAGCGGAGCGGCGGCGGCGGCGGCGGCUCUCCGGCUGCCACCAUGGGCUGCUGCACGGGGCGCUGCACGCUGAUCUUCCUCUGCUCGCUGCAGCUGCUGGCAGCAUUAGAGAGACAAAUCUUUGACUUCCUGGGUUUCCAGUGGGCUCCCAUCCUUGGCAAUUUCCUACAAAUAAUAGUUGUCAUUUUGGGUUUAUUUGGAACCAUCCAGUUUAGGCCUCGAUAUAUAGUCGUGUACACGGUGUGGACUGCCCUGUGGGUCACCUGGAAUGUUUUCAUUAUCUGCUUCUAUUUGGAAGUAGGAGGGCUCUCUAAGGAGACGGAUCUCAUGACCUUUAACAUCUCCAUGCACCGCUCCUGGUGGCGGGAGCACGGGCCCGGCUGCGUACGAAGGGUGGUGCGUCCUUCUUCCCCUGGCGUCCUGGAGGAUUACUCCUACGUCUCCGUGACAGGCUGCAUCAUUGAUUUCCAGUACCUAGAGGUCAUUCACAGCGCUAUCCAAAUACUCCUCUCCCUGAUUGGAUUUGUGUACGCCUGUUACGUGAUCAGUAUUUUCAUGGAGGAGGAGGACAGCUUUGAUUUCAUAGGCGGACUUGACACAUACUCCUACCGACAGCCCCCCCAGGAACAUGUUGAGUUAAAGCCUGUAAAGCCUGUAGGUCGAAGUAAGUAAUGAACAUGGACUCAAGACUUCUGCUGCUGUAGCUGAAGAAACAGAUUUUAGAAAAAAAAGACCAACCUUGUGAAUCAUCAUUCAGGAAGAAACCCACCACAUCUGCUCCUCACAGCAUGUGGAUUGUUCUUCCCACAGGCUCAGUGUCAUUAUCAGCGUUGUUAUUUCGUAGAUCCUUGUAGACGAUCUGGAAUUUUUAAAUAAUUUACUUAUAUGGACACUUGUAAAUUGUAAAGUUUUUUCUUUUUUAAUUUCAGUAUUUUUACAAUGUUUAGUGUUGAGGCAUGAAAACAAAACAACCUGUGAAAACUAAGAGGAGGGUGCGUCUUUCUCAAAAGUUCAGUAUUUUUUGACUGAGAGGAUCAAACUGUGCCUGGUCAAGACUGUGUCAGUAAACAGUAAUUUUGACUCCAAAAUACGCAGCAGGAGUCAAACCCUAACAGUGAUCAAGAGAUCAUUUCAAUGCUGUCUUUAGAAUUCACAAUGUCCACUCCUUCCAUUUUUGAACUGCUGAAUGCAGCAGGGAUUGAUGUAUGACUCUUCUUACCCAGAUGUUCAAGCACUAAUGUACUCACCUAAUUAUUACAAUUCAUAUAUGACUCCUCCUUUCCUAAUCUCUUUUGCCCCAUCUCGAGUAGCUGUCUCUGAUUUGAAGAGAAGUAGGAUGACUGCUCAAUGGAUGUCCAUCUCUAGGAACCCUUUCACCCAGGGCUGUUUAGAUGUCUGUGAUUUGCACAUUUUUAAACUCCUUCCUGCCCUUCUCCCAGGAAGAAGCCAAGCAUGAAUGUACAGUACAAGGCACCAACUGAAGCCUUAGAAGCCUCUGGGGACUAAUUUUCUCUUAAUUUAAAAGUAAACAAGCAAAACUGAAAAAUGCCUGUAAAAAUUUGUAAAGUUAUUUGUAAAUACUUCUAGACAAAGAACAUGUAUGUAACUGUGGUAUUUUGUUUUCUAUUCUGUCACCACUAGCAUAAAGUGAUACACAAAGCUA